AGCCCAUUACUGACUGAUCGGGUCAGUUUCAAAAAAGUCCACCAAAAACCAGGCCCGGCCCUUUAUCUAAAAAAAACCAGAGAGUCGGAGCGGCCAGAAACCAAGAGAAUCAAAGCCAAGCGAGCUAGGGUUCCGUCUUCCCCCAAUUUGAGGCGCACAGAAAUCACAACUAUUUGAUUAAAGAUGUCUGCAAGCGAGUCAACCAGGGAGGAAAAUGUUUACAUGGCAAAGCUUGCUGAGCAAGCAGAGCGGUACGAAGAGAUGGUUGAAUUCAUGGAGAAAGUGGCAAAGACAGUGGAUGUUGAAGAGCUCACUGUGGAAGAGAGAAACCUCCUCUCUGUGGCAUACAAAAACGUGAUUGGUGCCCGCCGUGCCUCUUGGAGGAUCAUUUCAUCAAUUGAGCAAAAGGAAGAGAGCCGUGGUAAUGAGGAUCAUGUGUCAAUGAUUAAGGAAUACCGAGGCAAGAUUGAGGCUGAGCUCAGCAAGAUCUGUGAUGGGAUCUUGAAGUUGCUCGACUCUCACCUUGUCCCUUCCUCCACUGCUGCUGAGUCCAAGGUAUUCUAUCUUAAAAUGAAGGGAGAUUACCACAGGUACCUUGCAGAGUUUAAAACUGGAGCUGAGAGGAAAGAAGCUGCUGAAAAUACGCUGUUGGCGUACAAAUCUGCACAGGAUAUUGCUCUGGCUGAAUUGGCUCCGACCCAUCCGAUAAGGCUGGGGUUGGCUCUUAACUUCUCAGUUUUCUACUACGAGAUCCUUAACUCACCUGACCGUGCAUGCAGUCUUGCAAAGCAGGCUUUUGAUGAGGCUAUUUCAGAGCUCGACACUCUUGGCGAGGAAUCUUACAAGGAUAGCACAUUGAUCAUGCAGCUUCUCAGAGAUAACCUGACUCUUUGGACCUCAGACAUCACGGAGGAUACCGGAGAUGAGAUCAAAGAAGCAGCUCCAAAGGCUGAGUCUGGAGCGGGCCAGUGACGAGAACCACCAUCACCCUCUUGAUGACGGGCUUUCUGAAAUUCGUGGUUUUUUUUCUUUCUGUAUUUUAAAUUUAUGUAUUAAGAUGUUGUAAUAGGAAUCUGCAUGUGUUUGGUUAAAAUGGUAUUAGACGUGUGUGGCAUGUAAAAUUUUUUUUUUUAAUUUUUUUUUGCUUUUUGCAAUUUGAUUGACUAACUAGUGUUUGUUCUAGCUGGAAUUGUGGUUGUUGAUUGUCCA